GUUUUAUUAGAGUCUUCCUGUUGAAGAGUUCAUACAUAAGAUUUAAGCAAGCUAAGGUGGACAGACAGAUAGAACUGCCAUAGGAUUAAAGCAGAAUGGCGCACAUUUCUGUAUCUUUUUCAAAACCGGCAGGGACUCUUCUGUUUUGGGUUUGUCUGUGUCUAACGGUCUCAACUCUGCAGACCCUGGUACCAAACGAACAGAAACAAACUGUGAGACAGACUGUGUCAACUAUGCCGACAGAAGUACACACCACUGCAUACACCAGAGCAGAUCCUGGCUAUGGAGGUGGAGGAACAAUUGGCUGUGGUAACAAAAUCAUCUGUGAGGCAUACUGUUCAGUUUGUGGUCCCCUCAAAACGCAAGACUGCUAUGAAUUGCUGGUGCACUGGUGUAAAUAUACUUUUGAUCUUGCUAUGGGGUCCAUGAACAGUACCGACUGGUGUUCACUGGAAAAAGUGAAAAGUGCAUAUAACAAUUUCACUCUGUGUACUGAGACUAUUGCUGACUGUCUGCUGCUUCCAUGGCCGAAUCAGUUGGUUGAACACAUGUUUGUGGAUAUCCACACCACCUAUUUUCAAGAAUGCCCCACAGAGGCACUGAGGGACCCCCCUCCCAGCAUCGUCCUUGCCCUUGUCAUGACCCCCAUAUGCCUAAUCCCUGUUAUGGUGGUCCUAGUUGUUCUCAAGACUAAAAAUGGAGACAGGAGGUCCUAGAUGUCCAGGUGCAAGAAGAUUUUGUUCUUAUUCCUUCUUCUGCUCCGUUUCUUCUUCAUCCAAGAUUGUAUCCCACCCCAGAAAAACGUCCUGGCUUAACACUCCCCAGUGAAUGUGCACCUGGCCGUCUCUAGGAUUGACUAAACCAGGAUGAAGGAUGAGCAUGUUUUCUAGGGGUGACCUCUGACUGGAAAAUGUUACUGUACUUUUUAUCAUUAAUUUAGCAUUAAUGUACAGGUAUUUCACAGCAUUAUUAUCUCCAAAGUGCACAUAUAAGUUUUGUUGUCUUCAGGAUAUAAAUACACAAUCCAGUGAAAUGUGAAAAAAGGCUUAUUUGAAGCAUUCAGACAAAUUGUGUACAUAACCAGAUGUACAAAACAACAAUGCAGAACCACAAACUCAUUUGAGUGUCCACUUUAUGCACUGUAUGAAAUCUUUAACCCUAAUGUAGAGUGUUGUUAGUUAGUGACAAGAGCUGUUUAGCUGACUCUGAGAAUAACAUCUUUGUGAUUUCGAUUUUGACACAAGUCAUAACAAUUGACUUUUUAAAUUUAUUAUGACAGCUAUUGAGUAAUUAAGCAUAGAUGAAUCGAUCUGAAUGCAUGAAAAAACAAAGCCGACUGAAAGUCACCCAUUUCAAUAGGCAGCUUAUUAAAUAUCUGUUUAUUUAUAUAAGUUAAUGACAUGCACGUGUCUCCGAAAAGAAGGGAAUGCCAGAAAAUGAAGGUUUAUAUAGAUUGCAAUGUCUUACAUUGUUCAUUUUAAUUUUACUGUGCCCCUCACACAGAAUUGUACUCACAUGAACCAGACUUGUUUUAUAAUUAUUUUAUUAAUUGAUUACGAAGGAUGAGUCUUAGAAGAGAAGACUGAGACACUUUUUCAAUUGUAUGUUUUUUUAAGAGCCACUUUAAGAGCCAGUGAACAAUUUUAUACUUUUAUACUUCACGUAUUUUGAUUGGACAUGUUUUUGUAUAAUUAAACCACAUGUUUUACUUAAA